AUGGCAGGCGACGGUCAGAUCGAUUUCAAACUUUAUAGAUACACCCCAUCGACAGCUGCAGCGGCGCUUUUUGUCGCUCUGUUUCUUCUCACAACGAUAUACCAUGUCUACCAACUCAGCCGGACGCGGGCUUGGUAUUUCAUAGCAUUUGUAGUCGGGGGUUUCUUCCAGAUCAUUAGCUACAUCUGCCGGAUCUUGGCCCAUAAUCACAAGGAAUCGGUCCCAAUCUAUAGUGUGCAAACUAUCUUGAUUCUCCUUGCUCCACCGCUUUACGCCGCCUCUAUCUAUAUGGUGCUGGGUCGACUGGUCACUUAUCUACAGGCAGAAAGGCUCAGCUUGGUUUCAGUGAGGUGGAUGACCAAGAUCUUCAUUACAGGCGAUGUCAUUGCCUUUUGCAUGCAAGCUGCAGGUGGCAGUAUCAUGGCGAGCGGUACGAUCAGCAGCUACAACCUCGGCGAGCAUAUUACUGUCGGAGGCCUAUGUGUUCAAUUGGCCUUCUUCAGCUUCUUUAUAGUCACCUCACUUGCGGCUCGGCUUUCUGAAAAGACUUCACGAACGUGGGAAACUGUGCUCGUGGGCCUGUACGCCGCAAGUGUCCUGAUUCUGGUGAGGUCGAUCUUUCGCUUGAUUGAAUAUGCGCAGGGGAACAAUGGGUACCUCAUCAGCCAUGAAGCCUUCAUGUAUAUUUUCGAUUCUGCUUUGAUGUUUCUGACCAUGGUUGCCAUGAAUUUUUGUCAUCCGUCAAUGAUCUUGGUUGGGUCAGAGAAAGAGCCUGAGGCCGAAAUGAGUUCCCCUACCUCUCAGACAGAAUUGACUUGA